UCCAGGCCGGCGGGCUAAACUUGAUCACCUCUCGUUCCUACUUCUUUAGCUUCUACCACGUCUAACAAGUCUCAUCUCCCUCCUCACUCUCUCUCCGGCGACGUCAAACCCAGAAAACAAAGCGAUGAGAAUUCCAAUAUCUCUCUCUCUCCUCCUAAUCGCUCUCCUCUUCUCUCACUCUCUCUCCUUCCAAUCCGAUGAACUUCUCCUUGACGAAGAUGAAUUCGAAGGACUUCCAUUAAAACACUCAUCUGAUCUUCCUCGUUCCACACCAUCAUCAUCAUCAUCGUCAAUUCCUUCUCCUACAACUCCCACCACUACUACAACAAGGAGGAGAUCUUCAGACUCAGAUGUUGAUUCAAAGCUGCAAUUUACACUUGAACAUGCUUUUGGAGAUUCACAAUUUUCAUCUGCUGGAACUUUUUCUGCCCGUUUAAAGUCUUGGUCUCAUGGUGGUCAGACCCUUACCAAGUUGCGCUUUUCGAGGAAUACCUUGACAGACGUGGAGCAGGAGAAGUUCAAGGAGCUGUUGCAAACAGAUGAUUUCUACAAAAUAAGACUUCCAUCCAAUGUCUUGAGUCCUCCGGGAAGGAAUUAUACUGUUUCUGUUGUGAAGGCGAGAUGUCUUGCUAGGGAGGCUUUGGAUGAACACUUUGUCAUACACAUGGAAGGUGUUAAUAUUUUGGCAGUCAACUAUGGUUCUCCUGGGGCAUGCCCAUAUCCUCGGCAGCUGAAAAUGCCAUCCAAAUGGUCAUUCAAUUCAUAUCCAGUUUUGAAAUAUAGUGAGAUGGCACCAAGAACCCCUAUUUUCACUGAAGAAACUCCCGAGGAGAAUGCAGAGGCUGAAGCCAUGAUGCAACCAGAGAAGUCCUUUUGGGCUAAAUAUUGGAUGUAUUUAAUCCCUCUAGGUCUUAUGAUCAUGAAUGGUAUGACGCAAGCUCUGAACAUGCCAGAGGAGCAGGCCGCUGGCCAAGCAGGAGGGCAGCAGCCAGCAAGGGCUCCACCUGCUGUGCGAAGAAGAUAAUCUUUUAAUUGAAGCUACAGAUUACUUGAGUUGUAAAUGGGCUUAUGUGGUGCGACUAAUCGUUAACCAAGGAUCUUCAAGAGAGCAGGAGGCUUUUGUCAAGACCCCCAAGUUCUAUUGAAGUGUAUCAAACAUAAUUUUAUUAUGGGAAGGUUGAUUAUAUUUGUCGAAGUGCUGCCAUGCAUUACGGAUUUCCAGGCUUUUAAAGAUUAGAUCUGAGGAUGAAAAAUAUGCCUCAAACCCUUGUAAUGCUCAUGUUCUUGUUGCGACUUCGAGUUCCAUUUUAGCUACUUGGAUAUCUAAUUUGUACCCAAUUUUGGUUUAUUACAUGAUAUUUUUCUAGCCAAUGAAGAAAAAAAUGGCCUUUUUAUGGCCUUUAAAA